AAAGAAAUCAGCGCCAAGUUUGAUUAGGCCUAUAAUAGUUUUGUUAGAUUUUAACAACAUGUCGACUACAAGGAGAUCAAAACGAAAAGACAAACGGGGUGGUGAAAGCUCUACACUUUCUGGUACAGGAAGUCUGGUGUCAAGUGAUUCUGAUACACCAUUAAAUAGAACAAGACACAGAAAAUCUGGAAGGUUGAUGAAAAAGAAACUUAGAAAAUGUGAGUCUGGAGAACAAGCUUACGAUGGUGAUAAGGAGAAUUCUUCAGAGAGUACCAGCAGUUCUACUAGUCCUAUUCCUUCACCGGCUGAUGAAUAUGAUUUUGAUGAAGUAGAUGUUGAACCUGUUAUUGAAAAACCAAAAAAGAAACCGACCACAACUAAAAACUCCAAAACACAACGCAAGAGUGAAAAAAGCUCAGUUAAAAUUCCUGUGAAAAAGAACAGAAUUUUAGCAAGCACUCCAAUUAAUAAUGAAACAAAUAUCAAUAAAGACACUGUUAAGCCUGGAGCUGGUCUCAAAAGGAAAAAUGUUACCACUCCAAGUGAAUUCGGUCCAAAGAAGCGAACAAAGAAAUCCAUUACACCUAUAUUGUGUGUCCCUGUCACAGACAGUCCAUCAGACAGAACUCAAAGUAUAGGGGCAAUAGUUCGCAGAUCAAAAAGAAAAUUUGGUGAUAGUGUGAAUUUGACUCCUGCAAUACCUAAGGGUGAUCUGAAAGUAGGAAAUGAGAGUGACAAAGCUGAUAGUGGUAUGUUUGUAUCACCUCCCCCACGAAAAUUAUUACGUUUAACAGCCAAAGACACUUCAACUCCCAGUGAUCAAUCCAAAUCAGAUUCAAAUUAUAACACAGAUAUUAAGAUGGGACUAGAUGAAACCGUUUCAAUUUUAUUUUCCCCGGUUGAGAAAGUUUUUACACCAAGUCCUACCUCAGAUUAUGGAUCUCUAGUGAGUUCACUAUCUCAGUUCUCACUAGAACAACAUGACAUACCUAAACCAAUAUUUGAAAUUGAAAAUCCAGAACCAGAAUUAAAGCUAAAUAAAAGUAUAAAUAAAGGUUAUAAAGGAGCUAAAUUGAAAGUAAAGAAAUCUAAAAAUAGAGUUUCAGUUUCAAAAGUAGAUGCUUGGGCAGAAAAAGUCAAUGGAGACUUUGAUGAGAUUGAAAAAUUUGAAUUGAGUAUAGAAGGAUAGACUGUAUCAUUUGGUUUAUGGUUCACAACGAUGUGAUCUGGUUUUGGCUCCAGUAAAAAGUCUCAUGUGUUGAACUAUUUUAAUGUGUAGAUGUGACUCAUUAUGUUGACUAUGUGUUGAUGCGACUCAUUAUGUUGACUAUGUGUUGAUGCGACUCAUUAUGUUAUCUUAAUGUGUUGAUCUGACUAAUUAUGUUGGGUUCAGACUUGCAUUUCUUGUUAUCAUAUCAAAGCAAUGGAGCAGGAACUUCAAUAGUCAAAUAAAGGAUCUUUCAUUUC